CGCUCACAUCCACCUGUUGACUGCUGGAAACCGGCGGCAAGUCAGCGGAUUAAAGCUAGAAAUGAAAUGAGGUGUAACUCUUUGAAAUUUGGAUGUCUGCUGGUUUUCGCGUGUUUUGUGUCGGUUACUUGGAUUAAAUCGAUUCCCCGGGAUGGAGCCUCUCCAGGUUCAACACUGCUGCCAGACCUGCAUGUCCUGUAUGACCGACUGUCGGUGGCUGAGGAGUUGGGGGGGCAGGUCAGCAGGGAUCUCAGCAAUAUCUUAGAACAGCUGAGGAACAUGUCCAAAGCUGCCAACAUCACCCACCCCACCAGUUCCUCCAACAUCUCUACAGAAUCAAAAAGUCAGCUGACAGGUGAUCCAAGUCGGCAGGCGUUCCACCAACUCAGCAUUUACUUCUACAUGCCUCAUCUCAGACAACAUCCAGACAGCCUCAUACCCAACGUCGUUCUGGGACAGGGACGCCGUGGAGUGUCCAUAGUGCUAGGUAUUCCUACAGUGAAGCGUGAUAAGGAGAGCUACCUGGUCAACACCCUCAGCUCUCUGCUCUACAGCCUGACUUCCUCACAACGCCAAGAUCUCCUUAUCAUCGUCUUUGUUGCUGAGACGGACUUGCGCUAUGUGGACAGCGUAGCAGAGACCAUCAGGAAGAAUUUUCCCAAGGAGGUGCAGUCAGGGUUACUGGAGGUCGUCUCUCCCUCACAGUAUUACUACCCCGACUUCACCAGCCUCAAAGAGACCUUUGGAGACUCCAAGGACAGAGUCAAAUGGCGAACUAAGCAGAAUCUUGACUUCAGCUUCCUCAUGCUGUAUGCUCAGGACAAAGGAACCUAUUAUGUUCAGUUAGAGGAUGACGUGGUUGCAAAGUCAGGCUACUACAACGACAUGAAGACCUUUACCACCCAGGAAGCGUCAAAGCCAUGGCUCUACUUGGAGUUCUCCCAGCUUGGAUUUAUAGGGAAGAUGUUUCGGACUCGUGACCUCCCCAUGAUCGCUGAGUUUUUCCUGAUGUUCCAUAGAGACAAACCCAUUGACUGGCUGCUAGAUCACAUCCUGUGGGUGAAAGUGUGCAACCCAGAGAAAGAUGCGAAACACUGUAAUGAACAGAAGGCACUACUUAAGCAGCGAUACAAGCCCUCCCUCUUCCAGCAUGUAGGCCUCCACUCCUCUCUACCUGGGAAACUACAGCACCUGAAGGAUAAGGACUUUGGGAAGCAGAUUCUGUACCAGGCCCAUAGAAACCCAACAGCAGAAGUGAGCAGCAGCCUGAAACAUUACCAGCAGCACAGUCUGGACAGGGCUUACAAAGGAGAAGACUUCUUCUGGGCAUUAACACCCAAUCGGGGUGACUACAUCCUCUUCAGCUUCCCCCAGCCAAUCCACAUAUCUGGGUACCUGUUUCGCAGUGGAAAUAUCGAGACCAGCGGAGAUAAAUUCUACAACACCACAGUGGAAGUGCUGCCCAGCAAUUCACCAGCACCGGAGUCCGAUCAGGGCUUCAUCAUUAUCGGUGCGUUUGAAAACGGAGUAGCUGAGGGGGAGAUCCAGGAAGCUCUACAGCCGAUCUCAGCGCUGCGCCUGGUGGUUCACUCCGACUCUGACGUCUGGGCUCUGCUGAGUGAGAUACUCAUUAAAGUUUGACGACGCCAGAAAAGAGGGAACACACGCGCGCGUGCGCGGACUGCCAUCCAGCCCGGUGCUCCACCUGAACAACCCCCCCCCCCCCCCCCCCCCCUGCUGGACAAACGUUCUUACUACAGGGACUGUGUUUACAAGGAAGACCUGAAAGUGCCUAAACUGACUGUGGUCUGCGGCGGUCUAUGGAGAAGGAGGAGCCAUGUUUUUAGUGUUUAGUGCUCUGAGCCGGACUGAGGACAUUUACUUUCACUUCAAACAGAAAUAUGAAAUUUGGAAAGAAAUCCAAAUUUCCCACGUGAACUGAGCCAGUUGGCCAUGUUGCUGCAGCACAGUCACUCAGUGAAUAAUUGAUAAUGAUAUGGUGAUGAUGAUGAUGAUAUAGUUUGUUGUAACAAACUAAGAAAAUCAAUCCAGUACCACCUUGUCUUUGAAGUAUUUAAUUUCAUCUCCUUGAGGUUUGUUUUAAGCUGCAUUUAUAUGAAAUCCAAAACUGCAGAACAGGUUCCCCAGAAUACAAAUAACUGUCUUCUCAUGUGGACUGUACAGAUUUAGUUUCCCUGUUGUUACCAUGAAUAGAGGAUGUAGGAGGAGGAACAUCAGUCUGAAGUAAAGCAAACAGACCGGUUUUAAGGUCACCUUUCGUUAGUUUGAGAACCAAACAAUGAACAAACCUGGGAAGGUUUAUCCACAGAUAUGCAUCUGAUACAGCUCGUUAUUAAAGGACAAGGCAGGUGAUAUUCUAUAUUUUAAUUUUUCUAAAGAAAUCCCAAACCAGCAAUGAAUAAAAGUAUUGUGUUUGAAUGCAGAGCCUGAUGUAUCACACACACACACACAUCAGUGAUCCACACUGUUACACUGGGUCACGUUCCUUCAUCAGCAAACACACUGUAGUUUAUUCUGACUCAGUCCCAGACAGACACACACACACACACACUGUCCUGCUGCCACAAUGUUUAGAAUA